UACGCAUUAUCAUCUAUCAUGAUGUCAUACCCAUCAUUAUAUCGAUUCAAACAAAAUUUUUUGCUUCUUGAAUCACGAUAAGACCCUACUGUCACUUCGUUUUUGACUGUCACAUCGCGGAGUAACACGGAAUUGUUACAAAAGAAUGUUUGGUCGGGUACGUGAAACGAUUACAUUGGAAACACGCGUGUGGAUAUGUCAGGUUGUAACAACCCUGGGACCAGCGAAGCCGCAGAGACUGGCUUCCGGUCAUGCAUCCUCGACGGAGGCGUCUGAGGCACGCGAACCCGUCGAGAUCCAGGAGAUGGAGAUCGAGCAGGAAAUGAGAGCAUUGCUUUCGUCGUCCAGCCCCGUUAAGUCGCAUCCCAGCAACCUGGCUGGGACUCCGCCGCAUAAACUCUGUCUGGAGACGAGCUUCACGUCCCUGCAAAGUCCCUCGGAGUUUCCUCAAGCUGGCCGCGAGCUGAGCGUCGAUUCCAGAGGGAUUCCAUGGGAGUACGUCAGUCUGGCCAGCGAAUUGCUUCACACGCCCAGGGCCGACGAGAGUAAAUCGUAAGAAUAGCAAUUUUACGUCUGGAGGUCUGUGACAGAGGACCGACGUUGAAUCGAUGCCGAUUGUUAGGUUUACGAUGAGGAUUGUAAGGCCAGGAAGGAGAGCGCUGCGAAAUAACGAUGUUAUAAAUUGGUUGCUUUAGAGGUAACAAAUAUACGGGCAAUGGAUAGGAUAAUAUACGGAAUAUUCUAUGUGCGACUUGCACUGUAUUACUACUAUCGAAUGUCUAUGCGAAUACUUACAUUUGAGACAGGAAAUUGAUAUCUUAAGUUUCGGGUCGUACAUGCAAUUCUUCGUUAGUACUUUUCCAUCCGAUCUAAUACGGUUCAUUCUCGAUACAUUUUUAAUCUUAAAAUAUCAUUUCAUAGAUGUUCUAAGAAUUUCAUAUGUCACGCUCUCGUUCACAUUCGCUUGAUUCACGACUCACAGUGUUCACCGCUUCGGCAGUCGCGCACAUAAAUACUCAUUGCACUCCAUCAGACCAUCGAACGGAGAAACGUUUCAUCCAAAGAAUCGCAGCUGAAGAGAAAUACUUUGCUUUUGCAAUCUACUCGACAGAGAGACUCUCUAUGUUGUCUAUGACGGCGAAAUGUUACUCUUUAGCUACAGUUUAUACUUCACAUAUUUUGAGAACUGUG